AUGAAGCCCUACAUGAGCAGCCUGGACCGCAGCGAGGAGCAGCUCAACUACAGAAGUGCAGAAUGUGCUUUUGGGUGUUUAAAGGGAAGGUUCCGCAGUUUGCGAAUGAGGUUAGACCUCAUCAAAAGCCACCUUCCUGUUGUGAUGGCAUCCUGCUGUGUGCUCCAUAAUAUUUGUGAGAUUUGUGCUGAAGCCUUCAACCCAGAUGAGGAAGAGGAAGAUACAGAACCAAGGGUUGUUCAUCCAAAAACAGAUGAGCAGAGAUGUAGACUGCAGGAAGCAUGCAAAGAUAUUCUCCUCUUCAAAAACUUAGAUCAGGAGCAGUUGUCUCAGGUUCUCGAUGCCAUGUUUGAGAGGAAAGUGAAACCUCAGGAACACGUCAUAGACCAAGGAGAUGAUGGAGACAAUUUUUAUGUCGUUGAGAGGGGGCUGUAUGAUAUUUUUGUAACAAGAGAUAGCCAGACUCGUUGCGUCGGUCGUUACGACAAUCACGGCAGUUUUGGGGAACUGGCCUUGAUGUACAACACUCCUAGAGCUGCUACCAUUGUUGCCACAACAGAAGGAUCCCUUUGGGGACUAGAUCGAGUUACAUUCAGAAGAAUUAUAUUGAAAAACAAUGCGAAGAAGAGGAAGACAUUUGAAUUAUUUAUUGAGUCUGUGCCUCUUCUUAAAUCACUGGAGAUUUCAGAGCGAAUGAAGAUAGUUGAUGUAAUAGGGGAGAAAGUGUAUCGAGAUGGGGAGCGCAUCAUUUCUCAGGGUGAUAAAGCAGACAGCUUUUACAUUGUAGAGUCUGGCGAAGUAAAAAUCUUGAUUAAAAGCAAGACAAUGACAAGUAAGGAUGCUAACCAAGAAGUGGAGAUUGCCCGAUGUCACAAAGGACAGUAUUUUGGAGAGCUUGCCCUUGUUACCAACAAACCCAGAGCAGCCUCUGCCUAUGCCGUUGGGGAUGUCAAGUGUUUAGUCAUGGAUGUGCAAGCAUUUGAGAGGCUGCUUGGCCCCUGUAUGGACAUUAUGAAGAGGAAUAUAACACAUUAUGAGGAGCAGCUGGUGGCAAUGUUUGGUUCAAGCAUGGACCUGGUGGAUCCAGGGAAUUAGGCACAGGGUACCUUAGUGCCUUCUCGAUUCAAGACACAGAGGAGCCUCCUGUCAGCAACACAACACAUAAGGAAAAAUGGACACUACAGAACAGUUACUGCUGCUGUCUUCUUGGGCAUUUUAGAAACCAUAAAUAAGUCUCAGCACAGAUGGAUGGGGAGAGGCUCACUCCAUGCCUCCACUUUGCUGCUGAAAUUUCAUUAUUAGGCUUAGCUUAAAGAUGAUUCUAACCCGUCUCUCACUUGUUUGGCUCAGAACGGCAUGUCUCUCCAACAAUUUAAGUGCCUGAUGUGAAACCCAAAGUGUAAAAGAUACAGAACCUUCUUUUUCUUUCUUUUUUUAUUGUUGUUGUGGUAAAUCUUCAGAGCAGAGCUGUAAUGGUAGGCUACUUAUCUUCCUCCAGGGAGCAGCCUUCUCUUUACAGUCUCUUAAUAUCUUCCUUUGACACAUUCUUGACAGAAGGUCAAAAAUGUAAUUGUAGCAUUUGGGUUUGCCAUCGAAUAUAUCAAGGGGACUUGAAAUUAUCAGAGCCAUUGAAUAAGUUGGCACUGAGGUGUUCCUGCCAUCUGCUGAAAGCUGCGGGUACUGCAGUUGUGUAAUAAAACUGUAAACAAAGUGGGAGCACAAGAAAUAACUGCUCCAUACUGAAAUGUUGAAAACGAAGAAUGACUUUUGAACAUUUUCUGAGCAGCAAAGAGAUUGUUUUAUGCUACCAAACAUAUGCAGAGAGUUUGAUAAUGGUUCAACAGCUCCAGCAGCCUGAUGGUGCCAUAGCUGUAUCAUCCCCUUAAACUUGCUCUCCAUUUCUUAAACUGGGCAGAUUUUACUGCUGAGAUGUUGCAGCACACGACCCUCUCCUGAUUAGACAUCCUUUAAACUUCUAGAUUUCACAGGGUAUUGCUGUUGGCUAGAUCAGUUUUAACAUUCUCUUUUUAAGGAGAUAAAAUUUUUUGUAAUUCAAAGGAACAAUAUUUAUGUAUUUAAGCAGCACCCCUCAAUUCCAAUAUUUUGUAAUAUCCUUUAACUUGAUUAGACACUUAAAUACUUCCAAAUGCCAAGGCCAUUGCUAAAUCUUUCAAAAAUUAGCAACAUUUGACUUCAUGAAGCAAACACCUAUGCUAACUUGGCAGUUGGUGUGUUUGGAGUGGUCUUUUGUUUAGGGAAUAAUUCAAUUAAAGAUAUUUAUCUGUCAAAUCUGCAGCAUUUAUUAGGGAGAACUAUUUCUAUUGAUCUUAAGGCAUAGCCUGUAGAGAUUUUAUCAGAGAGUAUUAUCUGAGACUCAGACUUUAAGGGGGAUGACAACCCUUUUUAUGACAUAAAAUUAAAUAUUUAUAUAAAGAAAAGGCAUUAAGAAUUUGUAGGCUGUAAGUCUAAUGGUCCCCUUUCCAUUUUCAGUCUUCUAAAUAUAUGUGAAACUUGCCACACAUUUCUGGGGUGAAGACUCUGAUGGGUAGAAUCAAGCCCACUAUUUAAAUGUUAUGAUGCUUAAGCAAGGAGAGAGAGAGAGAGAGAGAGAGAAUACUACAUCGCUGGAUUCCUGCUAGUUAGCAUUCUAGAAAUCUUCUCUAACAAGGUGGAAGGUGUAGAGCUACAAAACUGAAUUGGCUUCUAGACUGUAAUAUUUUACUAACCAGCUGCAAAUCCUAUCUCCUCCCAGCUCCUGCACCAUUCUGUAUAGAAGGAUCUGUAUCAGGCUGAGUCUAUAUUGAUGUUUUCUAGUAACGGCAGAUUGCAUCAUGCUUUGAGAUGAUGGACUGGUUUGUAAGGAAUCCCACUGAUCAAACUGUGCCACAAUGUUAUAGCCCUGACACAGUUAUAUAGUUGCUCUUCUUACUGCCUCCAUUCCUAGCACAAUGUGUUUUCUCUAUUUUAGAGUAAGUUUUGAAAGGCCAAAAAAGCAGCAGGAACUGGAAUUUCAUUCAUGCUUCUGAAGUUUAACACCAAAGACAGUCAGUAGUUUUUUUUAAUUGUAGAACUUUAAAAAAUAAUUGUCAGGCCUUCAUGCUGGUAACUGAGACAUUAGGAUUCAAAAGUAGACUUAGACUCCCAAGCCAGUCCAGGUAACCCAGACACAAGCUGGUCUCCAAACCCAUCUGAGUGUUUUUGUUGUUGUGGGGUGGGUUGGUUUGUUUUGUGGUUUUUUUGCCGGGGAGGGGGGGGGGGUUGUUUUUUGGGUUUUUUUUUUUUGUUGGCACAGGUUAAGCUGUCACGUGAACUAAAGAAGAUCUCUCUGAAUAAAUAUCCUCAGCCAGUUUUGGUCCUUCCUAUUUGAACACUUCCUCAGAUGGCCCUCCCUUGUAUCCACUGGAGUGUAGCAUUUUUGGCUAUACAACUUUGUCCUCUGAAUAUAAGGCUCUGUGCCUCAGAAUAUGCAAACCUUGUAAAACUGAACUGAAUCUCCUAGCCAAAAGGAAGCAAGGUCUCUGGGUACCUUUGUUAAGGUUUAAAGGAAACUCUGCAUGGAAUGAUUUUAAUAGGUAUAGAAGGCAGGAGAAGGAGAUUGAGACAGGAGUAGAUGGAGGGAACAUGAGGCCAUGGACUCAGAAAGCUAAAGGUCCCACGCAGGGAGAAUAAGUUAUAAAAUGUUACUAAUCUCUCUGCUCCCUGCACACAGUAGAGUGGCAUUAUCACACACAGCAUGUCACCCCCAAUGUCUGAUGGGACAUUGUGGUAUUAUGCAAGUGAUCAACUUAAUUAUUUGAGCAGAGAGUAUGAACCUUUAAGGGCAGGUGGUGAGGGGAUCAUCAGCUUAAAGGGCAUCAUUUGGGAUUUGUGUGGCUGGUCUGGUUUGUUUUCACCAAAGUGCUUUGUAGUUUUUUGGGGACAGUAAGAUAGAGAGAAGUGACCCAUGGAAUGUAACUAGCACCUUUGGCUAGCCAUCUAGAGCAUAAAUAAAGGACAAAAAGUGCUUGAAAGUAGUGAGAGAGAACAGACUUUGAGACAUUGGCUAAUAGUGAUUUGGCUGCAUCGCCACAUCCCUGUCUUUCUGCAGCCACUGUUGACUUUUUAAUCACUUUGUUUUAACGUCUCUAAUAGAUGUGAGUUUCUCUCUUGGUAUUGCUCUGUCUUCAGUAAAUCUGCCAUGGAUUCUCAGCAUUUGGUAGUGGAGAGAGCACUAGUUUAAUAAAAGAACUCAGCAGCAAAGUGGGUAAGAGGAUGGUGUACCUGAGAUUUAGAGAAAUAUCUGUCGUAUUUCCGAUUCUCUGCUUGUGAUUGUUGUGAAGUCAAUGAGAGGAGCUUUCAGUGGUCAAGUGUCCUGGCAUACGGCAUUUCUGUUUAACGUCAAAGCACAGGUUUCACAAUGUACAAAAAAAGCUGUCUCUUAACAAAACAGAAACAAAGUGCAGUAUUGCAGAGAAGAAAAAGAAAACCCCCUUUGAAUGUCACAUUCUCUUUUCUUUUCAGUUAGCUGAUGUUGGGACUCUAGAUCUUAACAUGUAUUUGUAAACCAGUCUUGCCAAAAUACAAAUGUUUUGGGUUUUUUCACUUCAGUUACCUUUUGUUCUUAUUAUAAUUACUUCUUUUCAGUUGCUUCAACCAUAUGCUUUAUUUCCAGAGGCCUUCCUUGUAGUUUCUCUCUUUACAGGCUAUAGUGUUACAUCAGUAUUUAAAGAUGCAAAAGAAAGCCACUAAGCUCAUAAGAGAAUUACUGAAAUCCACUUAGCCUGGCUGGAGCUAAAGAUGUGCUACCAAUGUUUUCCUCCACUCAGAAAAAAUUAAAUUCUGCAUAAAGAUGCUACCUCAAGGCUCCAAGUGCUUAAAGGUCUUUCGCCCAGGAGAGUUCCAUAAAUCAGUUCUGCAAAUUGGUCUGUUGUAUAGAAUUAAAUGUAUUUUAUCGAUUCAUUGGGAGGCCCAUAUUUUAACUCAUUUUACCACUAGAAUUUGAUUCUUAAAGGAUGAAUGAUUGCAUAGAUUGAUUCUUGCACUAUAAUUUUGACAGUGGAAAAAUAAUACCUGCCAUAUAAGCUUAUGGUUUUAAAAAAUAUACCAUUCUGGGGUUCAGCUUCACUUUUGGUUAAUAAAAUGCUGACAUGUCGUGUCCAGCCUUCCUGGUA